UCGCGUCGUGCGGACGUGUCUUUCCUCUCUGGAGCAAACUUGUCGCGGCUCGCGUGCUAUCGCAGAUGGGAGAUAUAAGGUACAUGCCCCGCCGUGGAAUAUUACAGGGUUAGGAGCAAGUCGGCGGCAGUAGAUGCCGGCAGCGUGUGUACCGGCGCGCUGUGUCUCCACCCUGCUGGUCCACAACUUGGCUCUGUCUCUACUUGUGCUUGGGUACGUGUUUCUCGGUGGCGUCCUCUUCCAGAGGUUGGAGUCCGGCCACGAGCUCAAGCAGAGGGCUGUGGUACGCAACUUCCGGGACGAGUGUCUUCGGGAACUAUGGACCAUCACAGAACGACUAAAUGUCCUGUACGAGCGCAACUGGACGCAUUUGGUCGACGCGCAGCUCCGGAAGUUCGAGAAGAGCGUCGUCGAGGCUACAAAGAAGAACGGGUACGACAUGAGGGACUCGGACCUCCACUGGAGCUUCAGCGGAGCGGUCCUCUAUUCUGUCACUGUUGUUACUACCAUAGGUUAUGGAAACGUAACGCCUCGCACCGCUGAGGGUAAAGUGAUUACGAUGCUCUACGCCUUAGUUGGAGUGCCUCUAAUGUUAGUUUGUUUGUCGAACCUGGGGACAAUGUUGGCCCAAACCUUCCAGUCAGCAUACUCGCGUCUAUGUUGUGCAACACCUAUUCAGAAGUGCACAGGUAAUCACAGGACGACAGCGCCACCCCGAGGGGAGCCUCGCAGCACGCUUGUUGCCGUGGGGAGCGAUACUGGGAGGGCAGUCUGCUCCCUAACUCCUGAGGCAAGGCAGCUGCUCAGAAAACAGCAUCUCAACCCGCAAGAUAGAGAUUCUGACGACGAUGAUCCUGAUCAUACAAAAGGUUCUCGUCAACAUGAUACACCCUCACGAGUGCCUCUGAUAUGGAGGGCACCGGGAGAGUCUCGGCGGGCUCCCACACCCCCUCCCAGAAAGACUCCCCCUUUGCGGCGUUACCCGCCUCAGCGCGUUCCUGCCGCGGUAGUACUGGUGCUGCUGGGUGGCUACUUAAGCCUGGGCGCCCUGGCCUUCGCAGCCUGGGAGGGUUGGUCGCUCCUAGACGGCGCUUACUUCUGCUUUGUAACCCUGUCCACCAUCGGCUUUGGGGACAUGAUCCCUGGCAAGUCCCUCCAGAGGGACUCCCAGGAGGGACAGCUGCAGACGGUCGCUUGCUGCACCUACCUCCUCCUUGGUCUGGUUAUAAUCGCCAUGUCAUUCUCCUUGUUGCAAGAGGAAGUUGUGAGCCGGGGCAGGCACUUCGCCAACGCCGUGGGUCUCGUCAAACGAGAGGAUCUCAGUGUAUGACGUCACAACUGAUCGGAAAGACUAAUCGAGUUGGGGUAUAUAGUUUUGUUACGUUGUGGAAUGUUUAUCCUAAAUAUUGUACAGUGAGGACGAGUGUAUUUUCUUAAAUUUCCAUUUUUGUAAUAUUAUACAUGAAUAGUAAGAAUAAAUAAUUGUUUUCUCUGUG